AUGCCGCCCUCUAUCGCCGUCGAUACUGUGGCCGCCGGGAAGAACGGGAUGCGAAAGUACUCCCGGCCGGCCGGCGGCUUGAUCGGUGCGGCGUCUCCUGGCGUCUUCACGAAGUCCAACUUCGCCAAUUCCGUAAAUCUCGGAGACGAGGUAGGGCACGGAACCAUUGUAAUCACAGAUUCUUCCCUCGAUACUACUAGUACUCAAAUGGCCACUGCCACAGUCCUCGCGAAUAACGACCCUCUGGAUGAGGUCAGAAUCAUUGCUCCCCAGGGAAUGUUGGGAUAUGGCUAUGACGCUGCAGUAUUUCUCGAGUAUUGCGAGAGGCGUCGGCCUCAUGCUAUCUGCUGUGACUCUGGCUCGACCGAUUCUGGUCCCCAAAAGCUCGCUCUUGGUACCACGACGUGUCCGCGCGAAGCCUACGUGCGUGACCUGGCCCCCCUGGUGUUUGCCGCAGUGAAAUACAAAAUACCCGUCCUCAUCGGAUCCUGCGGCGGCUCGGGUACGAACGCGCAAGUGGACCUCUUCGCCGACAUUAUCCGCGAGCUGUCGAACGAACAUGGCUAUUGUGUCCGCGUUGCAAAAAUCUACUCUGAGUUCGAUAAGGCUGUGGUCAAGACUAACAUUGAGAGUGGCAAGGUCAACCCGUGCGGACCCGUCCCCCCUCUUACAGUCGAGGACGUGGAUGCGACGACGGUCGUCGUAGGUCAAAUGGGCGCAGAGCCUUACAUAGCCGCUCUAUCAGCUGAAGAGCCUGUUGACAUCAUCCUGGGCGGCAGAGCAUACGAUCCUGCGCCAUUCGCUGCUGUGUGUCUCAAGCACGGGAUCGACGCAGGCAUCGCUUGGCACAUGGGCAAGAUUCUGGAAUGCGGCGGGACAUGUGUCGAGCCGAAGCAGUCGAUGAUCUUCGCGACCGUACGCAAGGACAGCUUUGACCUCGAGCCGACAAACGACCAUUCGCGCUGCUCCGUCACUUCUGUCGCGGCGCACACCCUCUACGAGAAGACGCGCCCGGACCUGCUUCCUGGCCCGGGCGGCGAGCUCAACCUGCAACACUCGACAUACGAACAGCUGACGCCGACCAUCGUGCGCGUUCGCGGCGCCGUCUUCGAGCCGCGCAAAUACCAGGUCAAGCUCGAGGGCGCCAAGGUCACCGGGUUCCGCUCGAUAUAUAUCGGCGGGAUCCGCGAGCCGGGCCUCAUCGCGCAGAUCGACACAGUGCUCGAGCGCGUGGAGCAGUACGGGCGGAGUAUGAACCCGACGUUCGAGGGCGAGAACUGCCGCAUCGCGUUCCAUGUAUACGGCAAGAACGGGGUUAUGGGCCCGCUCGAGCCGGUCAUAGUUCCUGCUCACGAGCUGUGCAUCGUUGGUGAGGUACUCGCACCUACACAGGAGCUCGCGCACAGCAUCGCCACGGCCGGGAACCUCGCAGGACCGCUCAGCCCGCUGGAGUCUGACAUCGGCGCAGCGUCCGAGUUCUCCGUGUACCACCUGAUGGACGUCGACGACCCCGUUGCGCCGUUCCCCAUCUGCCACGAGACGAUCGGCACGCCCGGGAAGGACAAUUCGCGCUGGCCGACGUACGUGCGCCAGGUCAAGGAGAAGUCUACCGCGGCGCAGGUGCUCGAGGCGGCGCUCAAGGAGAUGCGGGCGCAACGCCCGGACCCGGUCGCGCGAUGGCAGGAGGCAGUGGCACGUGGAGACAAGACGAUCAAGCUACGCGAUGUCGCGACGGUGCUACGGAGCAAGAACAGCGGACCGUAUGAGCUUACCUUUGAUGUGAUGCUACCGAACGAAGAGAUCUUUGAGGCGGUGAGGACCAGCCGGACAUUGACGAAGGAGAUCCUGGCACGGGCAUACAACGUCAAGCCGGAAACGGUCCUUGCUUGUCUUUUCUUCCAGCAAGCCCGCGCGUUCAAGUUCACUAUUCCAAGAGUGUAUUCGAAUGGAAGCUUCGGGGAGACAGAUAUGCACGGAUGUCAGCAGCACAUUCCGCUGGGGGACAUCGAGAUACCCCUACCUGCUCUCAGUGCCUAG